AUGUUAGAGAUUUUAAGUGAUAUGGUUCGAGAACAAAUUCUUUCUGAAGUAAAAAAAAGUGGAAUGUUUGCUGUAAUCAUAGACACUACAACUGACUUGUCUAAGCUAGAGCAAUUGGCAUUUGUAACUUAUAAUGGAACUAUUCAAGAGCGUUUAGUUGCAUUAGAAGUAGCUAGAGAUGUGUCAGGCAGAGGUUUAUUUAAUUUAUUUUCUAAUAUAUGUGCAAAAUACCAAUUAGAAUGGAAAAAAGAACUCAUCGGUCAAGCAUAUGAUGGUGCAAGUACAAUGCAAGGGGAAUACCAAGGUUUAAGAUCUCACAUCCAAUCACAGAAUCCACGGGCUGUAUAUAUUUGGUGUUUUGCGCAUAUAUUAAAUCUAGUUGUUGUAGAUGUUUGUGAAUCUAAUGUAGAUAUUAAAAUUUUUAUUUCUAAUAUCCAAGCUUUGACUACAUUCAUGUCAGCUAGGAAACGAACAGCAGACUUUGUUAAAGCUCAGCUAUCUUUGUACCCAAAUAUGAGAGUACAAAGAAUGAAAAAUUUGUCCACUACACGUUGGACCUCACACGAUCGUGCAAUUAAUGUAGUUUUUUUUAAAUACUUGGCUGUUAUAGAAACUUUAGAAAACCUCACUAAGUCACCUGAUACUAGUACAGCAUGCCAAGCAAAGGGUCUUUAUCCAAAUAUUGCUUCAUUCAAAUUUAUUGCUAUAAUGAUACUUAUGAAAAAAAUAUUUGAUAUUACCACCCCACUCUCAAAUUACUUACAAUCAUCAACUUUGGACUUUGUAUAA